AUGGCGGAAUCGCUAUUUGAUAUUUUUGGUGACCAUCUCACAAGGCAGGCACUAAAAAAUGUUUCGCGCCAGCCUUUAUCCAAUAUAGAGAAUAUGGGCAAAACUCUAUCUUCAGGGCCCAUUAAACCUAACGAGCCUAUUAAGAAGUCGGAAGGCCCGAAGAAAUCGUUUCUAUCCAACACUGGUAAAGCGUUACGGAAUACACCAUCAAGGAAUGUGUUUACACCUCGAGCAGUUAACGUGGGCUCCAUGAUAUACAGUGAUGAAACUAGUGUUCAAGGAAUCUGUCCAGAAGAUAUUGAAUUCCACAGACCUCCAAACAUAUAUGACAAUUACCACCGAGAUCUAUUUGAUUAUCUCCCAGUGCCUGAGCCAGAAAUUAAACAGCCGUCCACACCACCAAAAACACCUCCACCCUGCACAAAGAGAUUCAGCAUGGAAUUUAACUGCUCUUAUCAGGAUGAGUUCUUUAAAGAUGACUUUUCAGUAGAAAGCAUUCAAGAUGAUGACCUAGGUCUUCCAGACUUAUAUUAG